AGAAGGGCGAAAGAGGACAACCAUGCCAGCAAACCACAUCGAUGGACCAUGGCAGGUACUACUGGUACUAAUACUAAUAGCCAGAACAGCACAAACAAGAAGCCCAAGAAGCCCAAGAGUGAGGAUGAUCCCCUGGUCAAGUCAUUGUGUCUGGUGGACCCUCUCCUUCAAUUUCUCACCAAGAGAUCGGGCAAGACAUCUGUUCCUUUGACGCUGUUGAAGAACGUUUUACCUGGUGGAGUCGACCGUCAUCCCACAUUGCUGCAGCACAUUUUCCAACUCCAUCAAUGGGGAAUCCUGCGACUCUUCUUCAAACCCGACACGGACAACAAUGAUGUUUCAUCCUGGGACUCUGCCACAGCGGAAAUUGGGUUUCCAACCCCACAACCUCUCGAGGACUACAAGGGGAACGAGAAGAACCGGCAGACUCUCAAACAGGCGGGAUCCUUGUCAGGGUCCACCAAGACAGCCGCCAAGCGACGAUUGACGGCACUCAAGAAAAUGAUCAAAACAAAUGACAAACAAAAAGGUGAUGAUCAAUCAACCAAAAAGAAAAAUCAGGGAGAAAAGGGGACAACAGAUAACUCCAAUGACAGAACAGACAAAGAGGCAGUCUCUGGGAGCCACCUCAAGAAGGAUUGGGAUUUUGACUCUUAUCAAAAACCAGAUCAAGUAGAAGGAGCAAAGGAAGAGGAGGAGGAAGAAGAAGAAGAACUCUGUCAUCAAGCCAAAGCAGCGAGAGCGGGACUCCAACAAAUGUUUUCAUUCCAACAACGACCCAAAAAGGGACAAAAUAGCAAGAACACAAAGAACACGACGACAACCAUGAAAAAUAUCAUUCCACAAUACCUGCUCCCCAAACAGGCUGCCUACUCGGGAUCACAACCCGCACAAUCUUCCAACUAUGCAGAACUCACAGCGGCCACCAAAGCCAUGAUUCCUCCUCCCGUAUUGGCCGCAUUUGGUCUGGGAGGAUCACAGGGGCAACAACAAAAGCUCUCUCGACGCCGGUUGUACAGUCAUCAAGCCAAUGCAAUUGGAUCCGCACUACAAGAGUGUCACACGUUGGUAUGCACGUCCACGGGAAGUGGCAAAUCAUUGUGCUUUUUGAUUCCCGCCUUGACGGCUGCCUACAAUGCCAGUGUUGCCCAUCAAAACAACAACGAAAACGACACUGCAUCGAGUGCACAGGGCAUUUCGCUAAUCAUGUUCCCAACGAAAGCACUGGCACAGGACCAAUUCAACAAACUCAAAAUACUCUUGGAAAAGAACGAGGAACUCCAGAAACACAUUGUUCCGGCAACAUUGGAUGGAGAUUGUCCGCAUGCGCAACGAUCCCACGUCGCAAAACACGCCAAUGUCAUUCUCACCAACCCCGAUACGCUACAUGCCGCCAUUCUGCCUCAAUGGAACAAACUCUACAAACGAAUACUGCUCGGGUUAAAGUAUGUAGUCAUUGAUGAGGCUCAUGUCUACGAAGGCAUGUUUGGGACUCAUGUGGCACUGAUACUGUCGCGACUGCAACGACUCUGUGUGGUCACUCGGUGCAACCAUGAUGACCAAGCCAAACGAAAGACUCCCACCUUUUUGUCUUCCUCCGCCACUCUGGAAUACCCGGAGUAUCACAUGAGGCUGUUAUGUCCCAUCCCCAACACUAGCAAAGUCAAUGUGCUGACUGCCAAAGAUGACGGAUCCCCACGAUCGGCCAAACAUUUCUUUGUGUGGAAUCCACCCUUGUUGAACAUGUCGGGAGAAUCCACUGGUUCUGUGUUUUAUCCCAAACCAGCAUCCUCCAAGAAAAAGAACGAUCCACAACAAUCAACAACUGUACCCAAACGAUUGCGCGAUUCUGCGGAUAGUCCAUAUACGAGUAAUGCACAAACCCCAAUCUUGCAAAGCUUUCGCCGAAGGCACGCUGCCGAUGAAACGGCCUUGUUGUUGGCGCGUGCUAUUUCUCUCAAUGUGCGAUGCAUCGCCUUUUGCAAGACACGAAUGGUAGUGGAAUGGGUCUACGAACGAACAGUGGCAGCUCUACGCCGCGAGGAAUCCACAAAGCAUCUAGUCGAAAAAGUGCAACCGUACCGAGGAGGGUACAAGCUCAGCGAUCGCCGCGAAAUUGAAAAGAAGCUCUUCGACCAGGAGCUUUUAGGGGUUGUUGCUACCAGUGCCCUGGAGCUGGGAGUAGACAUUGGGGGGAUUGAGCUUACACUCCACACGGGCUAUCCUACAUCCAUCUCCAGUCUGUUGCAACAGGCAGGUCGAGCGGGGCGUGGUGUAGGAGCGCAGGGGAAGCCAUCCUUGUCGGUGGUUGUUUGUUUUGGGUCACCCUCGGAGCAGUACUUGUGGAAGAAACCUCUGAAUCUUUUGAGUCGCGGUAUUUCGGCCCCAAGGUCGUUUCCGAUCAAUGCUGGGGUUGUCCAGGGACACUUGUUGUGCGCGAGCAAGGAAUUUCCUUUGACGGGCAAGGUUCCAGUUAGUGUCCUUCGUACAUCUAAUCCAGAGGAGGACACACCCGGUACCAGUGAAAUCUUGCCAGAUGAGCAGCUCUUUGGGUCUCAGGAGGCAUACACCGAAGCUUUGGCUCGAUUGUGCAAAAGGAAUUCGGUAGUUCCAUUCCGGGCUCCAGUUGCAUCCGGUGGCCAACUGCAAGCGUAUAAGGCGCAUGCCUUCGAGGACAAACCAUGGAUGCGGGUAUCAGUUAGAUCAGUAGAACCCGUGUCAUUCUCUAUCGUUGACAUUGCACAUCCAGCGCAAGCUGGGAACAUGAAAGCAAUUCAGGAUGAGAGCGCGGUGUUGGACAACCUGCCGUACUCUCGCGUGUUCUACCAUGCUUUCCCUGGCGCAAUCAUUCUCCACAGAGGACAGAAGUAUGAGGUCUUGUCAAUGACGAGGCCUCCACCUUAUGACCCGAGCUGCGCUUAUGCAAGGAAUUUGAGUCUAGCUGCCUUUGCCAGGCCGACCCAGAAGAAGUACAUGACUCGACCGCUGAGUAAUAAUACGAUAACAAUCGUCAAGCAAAUCGAGAGAGUGGAUGUUCGCAGUCCUGCAGCAGAAGAAGGGAACAACAAAAUGGAGGAUUCCGCCAAGCCAGGGAGCCGGGAGGAGCAGCAACAAAAGGAAUCCCCUUCGUUGGAAGGCAACCAAAAGGGCGAGCUCAAGGUAUCGCCUGUGUCUGUCGUGGAUGCGUAUGCUGGUAUCCCAGAUCAAAACGACGGGUCAUUUGCCGGCUGUGGUGUGGUGACUUCCAAGCGGACGGUGCAUGGGUACAAGAAGCUCUCAUUGAUUACCCGUUCAGAAAUGAGCAGACACGAACUCAGCUUGCCGCCAAUGGAAUAUGAUACGUUUGGGUUGUGGAUUGAUGCCGAACCCGAAACCCUUGGGGCAUUCCUUGGCAACGAUUAUGGUUCUGGUGUCCAUGCUUUGUCACACGCAUUGCUCGCCGUAUCACCACUGUUCACAGCAUGUGUUAGGUCAGACCUGGAGUGCGACCAUUCCACCUACAGCCCAACUCGUGUAUGUCUGUUUGACGAGAGAGCUGGAGGGAGUGGCACUUGUGCUGAGCUGUGGAAAUCGAUGUUUAUCCCCAAUGGUCUCCUUGAAUCCGCCGUGGAGCUCUUGGAGAGCUGUCCAUCCUGCCAGCAAGAUAACAAUGACCUGGGCUGUCCGGCUUGUCUACAGAGUGGGGAGUGUGUUAAGUUUAAUGCUUUCCUUUCCAGAUCAGCGGGUCUGUGCAUUGGCAAACGGAUGCUCCAGCGCUUGAAACAGAGCGAUCGAUAUAAGGCCAACGUGAAAGCCAGCGAGGAAGAACCAGAAACUAGAGAAAGGCCCACCAACGAUGAUGGCACUCCUCGAAAGAAGCGAAGAACUCAGGCCCUACGUCAUGCCAAGGAUUUGGACUCUGCGCGUGGGAGGUUGUUUGUUGUGGGUCGUCCUUCUUGGCCAACAGAUCAAGACAACAUGCCUGGGAACCGACAAGAGAAUGCAGCAAACUAGCUAACUAUCUUGAUAAGAAGGCAACCGCGUUGUGCAAAACUUUGGUCGGCACCUUUUAUGCCCCAUACCCUCUCUGCUGUCUCCAAAAAAAGGAGGAAUCGAAUUGCAGGUGGCACAAAAAAGCCAGUAUAACUCUCGUCGUUCCUGGGCUGGAUCUGCCGCUACUCGCGGGCUCUCUGGCCAGAGUUACCUAGCAUUGCCUAGCUAGUUUCUGCUCUCGGUGUGCAUGACAAUUCCUACACUAUUGUUACCGGUAACACAGAGAAAAUGACACAAGUGCUCGUCGACACAAAAGAAACCAUACCCCAUCUAUGGAAGCCCCAUUGAAUUAUUUGUUCGAGGAGUCGAGUCGGCAGCGGACAAGCACAGUAGACCAAGGAAACCACGUUGGAUGUGGAGCAGGGUCAACGCUAGCCAGCCACCGAUCUCCCCCUUUGCUGGGAAAUUUUAGACGACCCCAGUCGAAUUGCCACUAGUACUAUCUUCUGUUGUAUUCAGACUGGUGCCGCUGGCAUUGGUGAUUGUAAAGUUUGCCGUUGAGGGUGCUGCAGUGGUGGCAGCUGUGGGAGGCAUUGUUUCAGUGCUGGAAGCAGCAGUGGCAGGCAUCGUUUCAUUACUGGGAGGAGCAGUGGCAGCAGCCACAACCACGUCUGUUUCAUUGGUUGGCAUUGCUGUGUUGUUGCCUCCAUCACUGGCUGUCCCACCAAUACUGGAAAGUGGAGUAGGAACCAUAGUGGAAGGAUUGCUUGUCGCUUCCGGUGUUGGUACCACUGGGCUUGUCGUGUUUGAUGUUGCUGUAGCUGUUGGUGCUGCUGUCGUUGUUGUUGUAGAUGGAACCACAGUUGUGGGAGUUGCAGUUGAAGUGUUGUUGGAACUGCUCCCUACCACUACUGGCACUGUCCCAUUAUUAUUUGUUCCCGCACUUUGGAGGCCUGCACCGACACAGGCACAGUCGCAACCACACAACGUUUGCAUAUUUGGAUCCUGUUCACAGGUCAAGGCGAUAGUAUUGUCCAGAGCACACAGGCCCACUGGAAUGACUCCGGUCAAACCGGGAUUCCCGGAUACAUCCAAUUGCGCCAAGAGUGGGAUAUUUUGUAGCUGCAUUGGGAUGGAACCCGUAAGGUUGUUUUGUCCCAUCAUCAAGGUUCGGAGACUGCUCAGUUCACCCAAUUCGCUGGGAAGAUUCCCUUGCAAGCCAUUCCCCUGCAAACGGAGCUCUUGCAAGUUUUGCAGGUACCGCAAGCUUGUGGGGAUUUCUCCCGAUAAGACAUUAGCGGACAUGUCUAGUACUUGCAAAUUGGUCAAUGAUCCAAACGCUCGAGAGAGCGCAUUUCCCAAUUGGUUGUCAUUGACGAGGAUCGAUCGUAGUUGUGUCAAGAGAAACAAUUCUGGUGGAAGAGACCCUUGUAGUCCUGCUUUGGUCAGCGCCAAUUCUUGCACACGAUCCAAUGCCAGCGCCAGUGAUGGACCCCCCGCUGGUUGCAACUGCCGACGCCUUACCAAGUAAUGACUGUCGUCGGGACGACGGAUUCUCGAACCAAAAAUAUUAUUGCUCGUUGUUGCAUUGUUGUUGUUGUUGUUGUUGUUGUUGCUGCUGUUGGACGAUGAUCCCGUAAAUUUGCUGGCGCACGUAAUGCCACCCCAUUGACAUUCAUUGGUGGUAUACUCGAGCCAAGAAGAACUUGUCGUUGUGUCUUGAUUAUUAAAACUCCAACUGCUGUCUCCUCCAGUGGCAUAAUACAAUCCCGCCAAUGAGAAUCGUUGUUCCCGAC